AUCGGGACAGGGCCAUUAUAAGGCCAUCAACUGAAAACGAAAACAAAUAAUGGUUAUGUCGUUACCGCUCCAGCGUUACCUCGCAGCGCUGUAACUGCCCCGAGCUCCGUUUCCGGACACGGGGGUAACUAACGUGAGGUUUUAAUGUGUAUCUUUACUCAUGUCUGACUGAAGCUGUCAUGGCAGAGAAGCCUUGCAAAGUGUGUAACUUCACCCGCCAAAACCUUUACGGGUUGGCAGCGCCUUCUUUGGGUCAGCUCAGAAUUAAGGCAAGUGAAGUGUUGGGGUUUAGUCCAGGAGCCUCCGUCUCAGUGGUGCUUGAGGAUGAUGGCACUAUCGUGGAAGACGAAGCCUACUUCCUGUGUCUGCCCUCAAAUACCAAAUUCAUGUUGCUGUGUGAUGGUGAGGUGUGGAGACCUGCUAAAAAAUAUGAUGGAGGCACCGCAUGGCUCAGCAGAGAGUCUGUUGAUGUGGAGACAGACAUGGUGGACAACCUCAGUGGUGUGGAACCCUGGCACAGUUUAGCACACCAGCUCAAACAGGACCUGGCCAGCAUCAUUCUGAUGUCCGAGGCAGAUCUGCAGAGUCUGGUGGAUGCUCCCUGUGCAGAUCUAGCCUCAGUACUGGGCUUCCCUGAGCAGAAGACCCAGGAUUUACAAGACACCUUACAGAGAGUCCUGGACCGCAGGGAAGAGGAGAGGCAGUCCAAAGAGUUACUGCAGCUCUAUCUGAAGGUUGUGGAGAAGGAGCGUGGCCAGGCGCUACAGCAAGAAGGUGAACCUGUGCAGGAUGAAAGAGAUGGGAUAGAGGUGGACUUGGCAUCAGGCUUCAGCUCUAGGACUCUGCUGAUUCUGAAGGGCAGAACUAGUCCUGAAACGAGACUCUCCAAUGAAGAACUGCAGGAGGUGCUGAAACAGGGCGUGGAGACUUUGAUGGGCGUGCUGGGCUGGGACAGGGAGGGGACCACUGACUUGUUGCAGGCCUGUGAAGGGGAGCUGAAUAAACGUCUACAGCAGGUUCAAGCCCUGCAGUCUCUCAGCACUCACUCCCAGCAAAGCAAGUCCACGUCUGCAGAGUCACACACAGAGGAACCACAAACUAAACGGCACAAAUAGCUCACGCAGUGCUUAGACACACAGCUGGACGUACACAUUCAGUUACAUGUUUCAGUAUAUCUUACCUCUGCACAUCAUUUGAAAAUGGCAGCUGCUCUUUACAUUAUGUGAACACUUCAUAACAAAUGGACCAAAAGAACUGGUCUAAAAUUACUCUGAAUAAAUCUCUGAGCUCUGAAGCUGAUUUUGACUGCGAUGUAUAUGUUUCAAAUCAUGUUUCAUUAUUUUUCACCUCCAAAAUGUACAGCCUCCGGUCCUGGCUGAUGUAGGUCAAUUUUUAGAUCACAUGCAUUAAGAACCAUAGUGUGUUAUUUAAUGUGGUCUGGUGUCAGAAAAAAGGUCUCACAAUAAUAGUAUUGAUUUCUGUGAAGUUCCAUGUUUCUGAUUUGUUACCCACAAAUAUGAACGUGAGCGCUACACUGAAAAGGUAGAUUAUCAGUGACAGCAUGGUGCUUUGUAAUUUACUCCUGUAUAAACAGCAGUAAAAUAGAAAUUUGAAAGUAAUAGUGACUCAUUGUGUAUAUUAUGGCAUACCAUUAUGGCUAAGAUAGCAACCUUAUACCUGACAGUGCCAUUUUCAAUACAAUCGUUUCUAUAAUGUUGAGAAUUUUAUAAAAUGAUCCAUGUAGCAAAAUAAUAGCCAUUACAAGUGGCAGGACAGGACAUUUUGUACAUGUCUUUAAUUAAACCUUUUCUUUGCUCAAC